GUGGAAAACACCGUGCCACACGUACAUGAUAACUACAUGAUAAUUACAGAAGGAUGAAAACUAUUACCAAAGAAAUCGUGUAUGUGUACAGUGUGAACAAAUGACAGAAGAGCAAAACCGGUUGAUAGAGUACGUAAUGAUUGCUAAACAUGAGGGCGCCUGAUCCGUGACACAGCGCGCUAGAGGGCUGCCGGGGUGCCGCAUCUCGCAGGCGCUGCCAAACCACGCCUCUUUCCGUAUAAUUUCUUCGGGAUCUGCUCUACGUCACAAGGACAAUCGGGCCUAUAAAUGCACAUGGUGUCAUUGCUGUAUGGAUUGCCGAUCUCAGUGACAGGGGAAAGACAGGAGGGAAUAACAGCUAGCGCGUUUAAUCCGGAGUAGCGCGACGCUUACACCCAUCUCAAUCGCACCCCCCGUCCACGCAGUACAUUUCUCAUACACGGCCCUGUGCGUGAACGAGCCUAGGAACCAGCGCACAGCUGAGAGGGUAACGAGAAACCAAGCCGGCCCCCCGCAAUCCAGCAGCAGAAGCAGAGAUGCCCGGAAGCGAGUACGACAGCGAAUGUCCCGUCUGCCUGCAGCACUACACGCGGCAGAAGCGCGUGCCGCGCCGGCUGCACUGCAAGCACACCUUCUGCACGCCGUGCCUGGAGUGCUUGGCCAGUCAUGACUCCUGUAACCUGUGCACGGUGCGCUGCCCCCUUUGCCGCUGGACCACCUGCGUCGGCCUGCCCGGCCAGGGUCCCCAGGACUCGCUGUGGGUUAACAGUGAGCUCUGGGACUGCAUCCCUAGCACCGAUGAAGAGGAGGAUGAGAUCACAGUGGAAGACAUACCCACCAGAUCCACAACAUCCACUCCACAGCCCCAACGGAAUGUCCGGCCGAUCCUGAAUAUUCCCAGCGUUAUGAGCAAACUCGGAUUCAAGCGGCCGCAGAGGAGUGUGGUGGCACGACCCCUACCUUGGAUCAGACCCGUCUGCAGGUAUUUCAGUCACAGGUCCAAAGCCGCGACCAGGCAAGGUAGGACUGUUUUCUGAAGCAGGAUGUGGCAAAAGAAGCCCUUUAUUACACAAACGAUGACGCAGGAAUGGACUUGUGGACAAACAGGCAGUUUAUUUCCGGGAUGUUUCUGGAUCACAAGAAGCUGCCUGGCAUACAGUCCCAAAGUUUCCUCACGGGAGGACAAUAAAAUCAAAUCUUUGGAGAGACUGCCGUUCUGAUCUCUGAAAGCGCUACAGCUCACCUAAAUCUAACAACAUUAGGUACAAAUUUUGGAUAGUCUGCGGACUAUCUGCUUACCUCUGAGAAUUCCCUGCAUGAUAUCCCUGAGCCAGAUGAAACCUUCUGAAGAAAGGAUUUUGGAAAUGUUAUAAUGUUUUUGAUAUUUAAUAUGUAAUAAGAUGUUACUCAUCUAUGUGUAUUUUGUACGUUAGCUGUUGCUUU